CCAACACCGACCUUGCACAUUGCCUUCACCAAACUAUCCAUGGAAGAAAUAAAACUUACUCCUGGUCUUUCUGAAGAAGGAAGACGUUUGUUGAGACUGUUGAAAGAUAUUCCUUUAGACCCUGUUGAGAUACUUGAAGAAAUUCCGAAUACUUUAUAUGCUUUUCGCGAUUCUAUUACAGCAGAGAAUCGUCCGGCGUGCCUUGGCCUUUUAGAAACAUUAUUAGGAUGCUUUGAGUUACCAUUACCAGAUGAACCUAUUGUUAAAGCCCUUGAAAAGCUGUUGGAGCCGAUGAGUUGGAACGAUUUGAAACAAUUUGGCAUUGAAGCAUAUUUGGUAACAGGUUUAGAACAGCCUUCCCCUGAAGUGCAGGAUUUUUGUCUUAAAUUAAUUCGAAGAGCAAAUUGGCAAGAAAAAGAUGUUUCUGAGAACCUUUUUGACUUAGUCCUCACUUGCUUGAAUUCUCAGAGUAUUGGAGUUUCUGAAGAAGCGUUUCAGCUUCUUUUAGACAUGUCUGAUUACUGUUUUUACUUUGAUCAGAUUGUGCAAGAGUUUACAGAUAUGGAUUAUGAGAUCUUGGAUACCACUCUAAAAGUACGCUGGCUAUUGCUUUUCGCUAAACUUGCAAUCAAAUCCCCGGAAUAUAUGAAUAAACUAGUAAAGAAAGGAAGAUUGAUAUUUGAUAUUGACGAAAAUGAUGAUAUUUUUUUACGACUUUGUUAUGUUGAUGUGUUGUCCAUAUUAUUGGAUACCCAAUUUACAUUCGAGUACAUUUCAUCGGAUAAUCCAAAACCAUUAGACCAAAUCAUAAGAUGCUUUCAGAAAGAAACGAACUCUUUUACGGAUCAUAUUGGUCUCACAUUUCUCCCAAUCCUCUGCCAGAAAUUUCCUGGCAUAUAUCGAGCAAUCGAUGAACAGUAUGAUCUCUUUAAUAUUGUUCGUCAAAGAAUUUUUAAGAAAGACUCCACUUCCGUUCUUUUAUAUGGCCAUUUUCUAGCUAGUGAGAUCAUUACUAAACUCUUAAUCCAGAAAUACGAAGUGGAGUCAUCUGAAGGAUACAUUCCUUAUCCUUUGCUACGUAUGUUGUUAAUGGAUGAUACAGGCUUUACCGCUUUAGCCACGGCCUUACAGCAGCCAAAUUCGGGUUUAUGGGCUAAGCUUUGGGAGAAUCUACCUGGCGAUAGUAUAUCGAGUAUUAUGAAGGCUUCAUCUUCACCUCUUCGUCGAACUCGCCAGUUGGGAUAUCAAUGUCUACUUCAUAUCGCACAAAGAUCGCCUAUCCAAAUUGCGUCCCGAGCGUUUGCCAUCGAAUAUUUGUUGGCAACAGAUGGUGAUCAUGAAACCUGUGUGCUCCGUUAUGAGGUUUUACGAACUCUGUGGGAAUCAUCAAAUGAAGGAAAUGAAUUGCCAUUAGGAAGAUAUCAAGAUGAAAUCCAAAGACGUCUUCAGCGGGGUGUUUUUCCUGGUCCCUCAUCUACUUUGAAAAUUGCUGCAGAGACAGCUUAAUUUUAGAGAUAUGGUUAAAAAUCAAUUCAUAGUUUAUUGAAUGUGUUUAUAGUUAAAAUGCAAUGCAAAGGUACGAGUGAUGCUUAAUCAGAUUAUAGAAUCGGCUUAUGGAAUUGUAGAUGAAUUAUAUUCCACUCAUGUACCCAGCCUAAUUAGAAGAUGGGAUUGUUUUUCUUGAAUUUGUUAAAUACCUAAUGACUUUAGGGAAGAAAGUUCUUUGACUCCAUGAUUCGUCUAUGCUUCCUUUUUAUGUCUAUCGUUAGCAGAGAGUAUUAAGUUAGAAGACGUGGAGCCAUGAAGAUCCUAAGAAUUAUUUUUCUGUUAUUGGCUUAAAAGGCAUCAGGUAGCUAAAUUAUAGUUAACAUAUUUUAUUUUCAGCUUAGUCUAUGUUCACCAUUUUGUAUAAAUUCUAUAUAGAAAUCUAACUAUUAAGGAACCUUUGGAUAUAUUAAUAUUUAAAUAAUAAGGGUUUAAUUAAAG